AUGGCACCCAAGCGUUCAAACCAGCCCGGCGCCAUCAGCCAAAUGUACACCAGCCUUGCCUCUCCCGACAACCGCUCCGUCGUCACCGCUGUCGCCUUUUUCGCCGCCGGUGUCGCUUUCUUGCACAGCAGCUGGAGCGAGAUGUUGCUUCCUCCGUAA